AUCAUCGUACAGGUCAACAAAACAAGCAACACUUCGCUUGAUUUCAACAAUGCACGUAUGAAAAAACUGGAUAAAUCAGAAAUUGAAGAUGAAUAUAUUGCAAUAGCUUUGGACAGAACCAGCGUUGGGCAAAACCGUCCGAAAAUAAGUCUGAUUCUUGGAGAUCAAAUAAAAACAAGGUGUGACAUUAGCGGAAAUACCAACAGUGUUGAAGGGUAUAAUUCAAAAAAUACGUAUGUUGCAUAUAACAAGAGAUUGUCACUCUCUGAAAGUUACAAAAUAUUUCUUGUGACUUCUACACCUACGAGAGAAAGCGUUUCAUUUGGUGCUAGUGAAGGGCUCCUGAUUGGCAAAUCUUUUACAGAUAUCACCUGGGCAGUGGUAGCUGGAGGAAUACUUGCUGUUUUGUCUGCUUUUGUGUGUCUGUGUUAUGUGAGACAUCGCAAUAAUAAAAGGAAAGACGACGUCCAUGGAACUAUUUCAAGCAUUUCAUUGAACGUUUCGAAAAAAGAAAAGAUAGAACCUGUAUCAGCAGGUAAGAAUCCCGACUUUACUUAUGACGAUGUCGUUUCUGUGUACAUAGAUCAGGGGCGCCAUUCGCUAAACUUCGUAAAAAGCCGGGUUUACGAUCUCGUAACUGUGUCUCUUAGAAUCGUGAUAGCGAAAUCUCGUUAAAUGCGUUUCACCAAAUAC